AUGGAACCAGAGCCGUCCAUUGUCUCUCUCCUCAAGGCUAUCCAAGCCCUCACCACUCAAGUUGGGUCCCUCCAGGACCAAGUCAAGUCUCAAGGCAAGCAGAUCAUCCAACUUGUUGCCAUAUGCAGGGAGACAAACAACCUUGUGGGAGACAAGGACCAAGGGGGCGUCCAAGCCAAAACUGGCCCAGCAACUGGGCCUACCACUCCCCCUACCCAUACAGGGGGAGAAGCCAACACUCCAGGCACGGUUAGGCCUGGACUCAAGGCCCCUUUCCGCCCAUCCAGGGGAAUGGGCUUUGACUCAGAGGAAGAAGAAGACCCAAGGAGAACUCCCAAAAAGGAGCCUCAGGGAACGCCUAAACAGUCCCUCAGCUCCCUCACCCCAUUUGAUGCCGGGUCCUCAGUAAAGCAGCCCAAGAUGGAACUCCCAGAUCCCUACAAGGGUGAUACAAGGGGACAAAAGGCCACACAAUGGCUUGAUAGGAUGAUGCUUUGGGUUGCCCUUCACAGGGAUCAGUUCAAUGAGGAGGAGCAGAUGGUGGUAUGGAUCCUAUACCACAUGACAGACAAGGCUGCCAAUUGGGCCCUCCCCAUCAUCAGAUCAAUCAUCAAGGGCAAGGGAAACCCUCCUACCACCAUCACGGCCUUAGCGGCCAAAUUCAAGGAGGCAUUUGCCAACCCAGAUGCCAAGAGGGCCGCCGCCAGGAAGAUUGCUGCGCUUACUCAGACAACCACCAUGUCUGAAUAUGUAACAGAAUUCCGCAAUCUCAUUGCGGAAUUGGACUGGAAUGAGGAAGCAUACAUUGCCCAGUUCACGCGCAGCCUUCACUGGAAGGUUAAAGAACUCCUGUCCACAAAGGACAACAUCCCUGACAAAUUGGAGGCUAUAUUUGCCGCCUCCAUUAAGAUAGACAACACCCAACAGGAAAACAAGGAGAACUGGCCAAAAAAGGCACCUGCCAAGUCCCUGGCCACCAUGGCCACUUCCACCACCACUACCAGGGUCCGCCUCUCCAAGGACCCUAAUUAUGUUACUCCAGAAGAAAGGGACCGCCGCCGCGCAUCAGGGCUGUGCGUUAAAUGCAGCCAAAAGGGGCACGGGAUCAAACAAUGUCCCAAUGGCUGGAAAGCCACAAUCAAGGAAGUAGUCAAAGUUGCUGAGGAUAAUUCCCUGGCAGAACCCUUAAAAACCUUGAUAGAUUCAGGAGCCACAUUGAACUUCAUUUCCCCCUUGAUUGUGGAAAAAUAUAAAAUCCCAAAAACCCAACUUGAAAAUCCACAAGUUGUGAGAAUGUUAGAUGGUACCCUCUCCCAGACUGGUUGCAUAUGGCACCAGGUUCAACUUGCGGUCUUGGCCAAUGGCCACUCACACACAAUUCCCUUCCUAGUUUGCCCAAUAGGCAGCACCUUGGCUAUACUUGGUAUGAUAUGGCUUACAAACAAAUCUCCUUUGAUUGACUGGCAACAGGGUUUAAUCACUUUCCCUGAACAAGUUCAAAUUGCCUCUGAAGAAGAAGCCAAUUCAGACCCCCUUGCAGACCUCCCCACACAAUACCACAAAUUUGCAAAAGUGUUUGGGGAAGAGGAGUUCAAAGUACUUCCUCUGCAUAGGGAAUACAACAUUGCUAUUGAUCUUGUCCUGGAUGCCAAACUCACCCCUGGACCAAUAUAUGGCAUGACCAACGCAGAAUCCAAAGCGCUCAAGCAACAUAUUGAUGAGGAACUAGCCACAGGCAAAAUCCGCCCCAGCACCUCAUCCGCUGGUGCCCUGGUCAUGUUUGUCAAAAAGGCGGAUGGAUCAUUAAGACUAGUUGUGGAUUAUUGGAAGCUGAAUGACAUUACCCACAAGAAUGUCUAUCCUCUCCCCAGGCAGGAUGACCUUAUGGCCAAAUUACGGAACGCCAAGCUGUUCACAAAGCUGGAUUUGCAAUGGGGCUACAACAACGUGCGCAUCAAGGAAGGCAAUGAAUGGAAAACUGCCUUUAGGACCAAAUACAGCCUUUUUGAGUACUUAGUCAUGCCUUUUGGUCUUACCAAUGCCCUGGCGGCUUUCCAGCACUUCAUGAACAACCUAUUCCGGGACUUAAUUGACGUUACAGUGGUAAUUUACUUGGAUGAUAUCCUAAUUUUCUCCAAAGACCCCAAGAAACACCUGGAACAUGUAAGGGAAGUCCUCUCACGGCUGAUGAAAAAUCAGCUGUUCUGCAAAUUGUCUAAGUGCCACUUCCACGUCACUACGACUGAGGCAGUCACCUCAUGGCCCCAACCCAAAAUGGUCAAACAGGUCCAGGCUUUUUUAGGUUUUGUCAAUUACCUUUGGCAAUUCAUCCCCAAUUUCAGUUCAGUAGCAUGUCCCCUCCACAACCUCACCAAGAAGGAAACCCUAUGGUUGUGGGGCAUGCCAGAAGAACAAGCAUUCCAGGAACUCAAGGCAUUGGUAACUAAGGCACCGGUCCUCAUCCACUCCAACCCAGAUCUCCCCUAUUACCUUGAAACAGACGCGUCAGGGGUAGCAAUGGGGGCCAUACUCAGUCAAAGAGGAUCCAAUAACCGCUUACAUCCAAUUGCCUACAUGUCCAAAUCCUUCUCAGGCGCAGAGGCAAAUUAUGAUACCCACAACAAGGAACUCCUAGCCAUCAUCAAGGCCCUGGAGGAAUGGCAAAUAUUCUUGGAGGCAACAGACAAACCAAUCCAGGUUUUCACAGAUCACAGAAACCUGGAAUAUUGGAUGCAAGCUAGAACCUUCAACCAGAGACAUGCCAGAUGGUGCAUCUUCCUGAGCAAUUUCAAUUUUGAAAUCCAUUAUUGCCCAGGAAAACAAUCAGGGAAGCUGGACGCCUUGUCAAGAAGAGCGGACUAUGUAGAAGCCGCCCAGGAACCAGAAGUCAUGUUACCAGCCAAGGUAUUUGCCAACAGGUCAGAAGCAGAACUCAAGAUAGUCACAGAUAUCCAAGCCAAGCUCAGGGAAGAUCCAUCACUUGAGUCUAUCAUCAAGUUCCUCACAGAAGACGCAGAAGACGCCCCCAUGUCAAUCCAAAAAGCCUAUAGAGACUACAACUGGGAAGAAGAAUUACUUUGGUACCAAGGAAAGUUGGUGGUUCCUGACAAUGAACCGCUAAAAGAAAAACUCCUAAGAGAAUUCCAUGACUCCCCCCUGGCAGGUCACCCUGGACAGCAAAGGACCCUUGAACUGUUGGGACAAAAUUACUGGUGGCCAGGGAUGAAAUCCUUGGCUAAAGAAUGGGUCAAAUGCUGUCCCACCUGCCAAGCCAAUUGUUGCCCUCAUGCACUGGUCAUUGCCCUCAAACCACUAGAGGUUCCCCCGUUCCCGUUCCAUACAAUUUCCUACAACUUCAUCACAGGUUUCCCCAAGUUGCAAGGGUUUGAUGCAAUCCUGGUUGUCAUAGAUUCCUUCUCCAAAUUUGGCCAUUUUAUCCCCACCUCCAAGAAAGUCACAGCCAAGGGACUAGCGGACCUAUUUGUCAAUAAUGUAUGGAAAUUACAUGGAUUGCCAGUCAACAUGGUUUUGGACCGCGGUACAACAUUCAUGGGCAAAUUCCUAAGGGCACUCUACCAACGCCUUGGAAUCAAUCCGGCCUUCUCCUUGGCCUAUCACCCGGAAUUGGAUGGACAAACGGAACAGGUAAAUCAGUUCAUUGAAUUUUACCUAAGAUUGUACGUUGCAGCCAACCACUCAGACUGGGCCACAUGGUUACCAUUAGCGGAAUAUGCCUACAAUAACGCCAAACACUCUGCUACUGGGAAAACCCCAUUUGAAUUGGUCUUUGGAAGGAACCCCGUCAUGAACCCAUCCAACGUACCGGCAAAUGUCCCAGAAGCAGAUCUUGUAGCUGACACUUUGGCCAAGGAAUGGAAAGAAGCAGAGUCCGCUUUAAGGAUGACAAAGGAGAGAAUGGCAGGAACAAAAGGCAUAAUCCCAGAAUUCUCUAUUGGGGAAAAAGUAUGGCUAGACGCAAAAAAUGUAGAGAUCCAAUCAAACUCCAACAAACUAGAUCCCAAGCGCCUAGGCCCUUUUGAAAUCAAGGAGAAAAUAUCAAGCAAUGCCUAUUGCCUAAAACUUCUGGACACGCUAAAAAUCCACAAUGUAUUCUAUGUGGGGCUGCUAUCCAAAGUCCUCAAAUCUCCAAGCCAACUGCUACCAGAACGCCCCCCUCCUGAAACAAUAGAAGGGGAAGAAGAGUACAAAGUCAAGCGGAUCAUUGACUCAAAAAGACAACAAGGAAAGUGGUUUUAUUUGAUCAAAUGGAAGGGGUAUGGUCCGGAAGACAAUUCCUGGGAACCCAAAGAGUUGUUGGAACACAGCCAGGAGGAAGUCCAACGCUUCAACAAGUUGCAACUGAAAAAGGCUUGUGACUCCGCCAAGAGCCUUUAA